GUAUUAAAUAUAAGUAGAUUUAUUAAACAUCCAGUAAAUUAUGACAUCACUAUUGGGGUCAAUAUUGGCACCGCUUUGCCAGACAUACGUGUUGUGUCUCAUCGGAGGAAUUGUGGCGGUGAUCGCGUACUACCACUUUUCGUGGAGGAAUGCCUUCAGCUAUUGGAAGGAUCGACACAUUUCUGGUCCAAAACCUAUACCUAUAUUCGGAAAUAUUUUGACAACUGUCCUAAAAGCGCGACCAUUUGUGGAGAUGGAGUGGUAUCAGAAAUACGGCAAAAUUUAUGGGAUAUACUUAUUAGCGAAGCCCAGGCUAACAGUGGCCGACCCGGUGCUCAUCAAACAAAUUUUGGUCCAAAAUUUUAAUGCGUUUCGUAACCGACAGUCACAACCGGGCAGUAAUAGACUGACCGUAAGAACUAUUAUUAACAGAGCCCGGGAUGACGACUGGAAGCGAGUCCGGGCUAUAGCCAGCCCUACCUUCACGUCCAGAAAGAUGAGGAUCAUGUAUGCUCUGAUCGACCGGUGCUGCGAUGACUUCAUCGAUAGCCUCGAUAAGGAUGUGUCGAAUGGUGUGAAUGAAGUCGAGUUGAAGCGACUGAUGGGCGCCUACACUAUGGAUGUGAUCGCCAGCUGCGCCUUCGCUACUAAAACCAAUACAUACGCCGAUCCUAACAACCCGUUCACUACCAGUGCGUUCAAUCUGCUCAAAGUUCCCGUUUGGAAAGGGGUGUUAGAAACGAUAUUGCCUUCAUUUAUAGUAAACACAUAUAUGUACCGACAUAUCGUAAGCGCAGGCGGUUUUGAAAUAGACUUUUUUGUUAAUUUUGCGAAAAGUCUAAUACAGAAACGAAAGGAAAACCACGAAAAACGCAACGAUUUUCUGCAGCUAUUAAUGGAUGCCGAGAGACCUGAAGGAGACAUACGAGAGGCCAGUGAUGCCAAUGAAGCACAUCAUGUGAAUGAGGGCAGGGAUGAGAUGACAGCCAACGCCGAGUCCAUCGCCGGUGUGUUGGAGAAGAAGUUGACUGAAGACGAGAUAUUAGGGAUAUGUUUGCUGUUCUUCAUCGCCGGUUAUGAGACGACUUCCAGCACUCUGUCGUUCUGUGACAGACUCUAUGAGGAGACGAAAGAGGCGUUCAAUGAAAAGGGAGAAAUGGAUUACGAAGUGCUGUCGAGACUGCCAUUCCUCGACGCACUCCUAUCCGAAACUCUUCGCAAUUAUCCGCUAAUACUUCGACUUCAGAGGGAAGCCAUGGAAGACGUAAUGUUAGGCAACACUGGAGUGAAGAUCGAGAAGGGAGUGUCUGUCGAAAUCCCGGUGUAUGCUAUACAUCACGACCCCGACCACUAUCCGGACCCAUAUACAUUUAACCCUGAUAGGUUUAUGCCGGAAAACCGGGAUCACAUCAAACCCUACACUUACCUUCCGUUUGGUUCGGGUCCACGAAAUUGCAUUGGAAUGCGAUUCGCUUUAUUGGAGGCAAAGCUGGCCAUAGCUAAGAUCGUACAGAAGUUCCGCUUCUCCAGAGUGACCGACACUGACGUCCCCGUCAUCUACAUGACAGCCCUCUUAUAUGUGCUAAAAUUCAAACGGCUUGUGGUCGGCGUUCACAAGCGAUAG